AUGGUAUUUGCUCUCAACCCUGGUGAUCAGAUGGAGCAAUUCCUGGCAAAUGUGAAAGAGAAGCAUGAAACUACAACCUCAAACUCUGUUCUAGAAACUAGCUUUCCAGUCAUGACAGUCAUCAAUUUCCCAGCAUCAGCGGGCCUCAUAACUGAAUACUGUGAAACUGGCUUUUCAACUAUGACAGCCAGCAAUUUCUUAGCUUCAACAGGCUUCAUAACAACAGCAAUGGCAAUGCCAACAGGAUUCUAUGAGAGUUGGGCAAGCAGCAGCAUCAGCAGCACUUGACACUCAACCACAAGAAGAUCAGAAGUGUCUAUGCCUCGGGCUGUUCCAUUUACUGGCAAUGAAAGCCAGGCUGUUUUUCCACAUCUGAUGCUACUUGUUGUCUUUGUGUUUAGUAUGAUUUUAGUGCUUUGAACAGCUUUUAUUGUACCCAGGUAUAGCAAUCAAUACUUUGAAAUAUAAAAUCUGCCACUAUGCUUAUCUCUCAG